UCUACUGGCGCUUCAUAAAUUUCUCAUAUUUGCUGUAUAUUCUAUGACAAUGAUGUCGCUCUCUAAAAAUUAUGUUAUGAAUUUGAGAAAGAGGACUCUAUGUCUGACUUUUGUACGUAGAGGAGGAAGAUAGGUUUUACACCGUUUGUUCUGACAUAUACAUUUUAACUUUCACCGGAAAUGGACUUCACUGGAGAACGAUACUACAAGUUGAAUCGAAUUCUUUUGUUGUGUCUUGGCCUAUGGCCUUAUCAAGAUUCAGGCUUGAAGAAAAUUCAAAUAAUCUUUUUUGAAACAUUAUUCACAUCUUUCCUGCUAUGUCAGUUAAACGCAUUUCUCGUAAUAAAAUGCGACAUCGAAAUAAUCCUCAAAAUUUCCAUGUAUGUUGUUAUUAACUUUAUUUAUAUUAUAAAAUACAAUGCAUAUUUUCUACUUGCCGAUAAUAUUAAACAUAUAUUCGAUAGAAUUCGAUUCGAUUGGAAUAUAUUAAAGACUCAAGCGGAAUUGGAUAUAAUACGAAGAUAUGCAGAUAAUGCAAAAUUAUCUACAAUCUGUUUUAUGUUGUUAGUUACAGUCGCAAUAUUGACACUGUUAAUAACCAGCUGUAUACCAUGCAUAUUCGAUAUAAUUAUGCCAAUGAAUGACUCGCGACCGCGACGAUUACCAAUUUUAGUGGAGUAUUAUUUCAUUGAUGAAGAAGUACACUUUUACAUUAUUUUAACACAUAUUAUCGUCACCAUGUAUGCUGGUUGUGUCACAAUAGCGGCUAUCGCAACGUUACUCAUAGCAUAUGCAUUGCACACCUGCGCCAUGUUUAAAAUUACCAGUUACCGAAUGGAACACAUAUGUGACGAAAAUGUACAACAAAUACCCAAGGAUCUUAAGCAACAUGUAUUUUAUGAGAAAUUAAUUCAUGCUGUACAUCUUCAUCGCAGAGCUUUGGAUUUGGCUACUAUUUUGACGAACAAUUUUGCGAUAUUCUAUUUCGUAUUAUUAGCAUUUGGAGUAUCUUCGGCUAUUCUCAGUGUCGUUAAUUUUGUUAAUAUAGUAUUCCUGGAUGAUGUAGAAUCACUGAUCUUUUUUGGCAUUUUAUUUAUACAUUUGUAUUACAUAUUUCUGGGAAACUAUGUCGGGCAGAAUAUUAUAGAUACCAGCACUGAUAUUCAUCAGACAAUAUAUAAUACACAGUGGUACACAGCACCAUUAUGGAUACAAAAGUCGAUAUUAUUAAUAAUACGAAGAAGCAGCAAAAAGAGUGCUUUGAUUGCGGGUGGAGGUUUAUUUAAUGCAUCGUUAGAAGGUUUUGCUAUGAUAGAAAUUCAAAUGUUCACGGAUGCUGUUUCAUAUCGUCAACGGUAAAUGCACAAUGUUACGCGAUGAAGAAAAAUACAGUUGGAACAGAAAUUCAACACGGUAUAUCUGUAUAGUGAAACUUCUCGCAUGACGGUUCAUGCAGUAUUGAGUGAAACUCCGCAAAUGAAGAGCGUCUCUCACUAUUACGCUUGCGCGGCGCCGCGACGCCGACGCCGACGCCGACGCCGACGCCGACGCCGACGCCGACGCACACUAUUCAUUGUAAUCUCAUGUAGCUGGCUCU